GGAAUUUACUUGUACAAGUUACUCAAUAUCAAGUGAGACUCAUCGAUUUAGACAACCGAAGACUGAUUUCUCAAUGGGACCCUCCGCAUAAUAGUAAGAUCACUGUUGCUGAUAUUAAUCCCAGUCAAGUUGUGAUAGCGAUUAGUGGUGGAACGUUGAUCUAUUUUGAGGUGCAAGGAAUAGAACUCGUUGAAGUAAAGAAAUUGCAAUAUGAAAUAGCAUGUAUGAGCAUCAAUCCACUAGACCCUAUACACCCAGAAAGUUCAUCAAUUGUCGCCGUAGGACUUUGGACAGUGGUUGGCGUGCAAGUGUUAAGAUUACCAUCAUUAGAGAUAAUCUCCGAUCAACCACUUGAGGGUGUUUCCAUGACCCGUUCUGUGCUCUUGUCCACGUUCGAGAACAAUCAUUACCUUUUGGCGGCGUUAGGUGAUGGGCAACUGUUCCAUUUUAUCCUUGAUCCAACAACUGGUCGAUUAUCGGAGAGAAAACAGCUAUCACUUGGAACUCAGCCCGUUAUGCUCACUUCUUUUACUUCUAAUGGAUUGAGUCAUGUUUUUGCUGCGUCGGAUAGACCAACAGUUAUUUACAGCAGUAAUAAAAAAUUGCUAUAUUCUAAUGUCAACACAAAGGAUGUUACAUAUAUGUGUCCGUUCAAGCCGGCAUCUAUGGCGACUUCCUUGGUAAUCACACAUGAAGGAGGAUUGACAAUAGGCAGUAUUGAUGAGAUACAAAAACUUCACAUUCGAACAAUACUAUUAAAUGAAAUGCCCCGUCGUAUAUGCCACCAAGAAAGCACGCAUACACUUGGAAUAUUAACUAUAAGGCUUAAUUUGAAUGAUGACGAAGAGAAUUUAAG